AUGAAGAAGCAGCCUCCCCAGCGGGGCCUUAACGAGUUCUGGGACAAGUUCACCACCAAGCACCCUGGCAAAAUCUUCACCAUCUUGCCCGACAACCUGUAUGCGAAGCGCGCUGCCGCACAUGCCCCGAAAGGUACUAUUCCUGGCCAGAAUGCCGUCGCAUCCUACGAAGAGGCUGCCGAUGCCUGCAAGAAGAAAGUUGCAAAAAUCGUGAAAGAAUGCCGGCGGCUGAACCAGAAGUAUCGGGACCCACAUUUCGACAUAGAAUCCGAUUUCAAGCGAUCGCAAAUGAACCCCGAUAUACCACCAGACUGCCUUACAACAUUAAACGAAGAUCGAAGCACGUUUCAGCCCAUGUCGGUCAAGCGGAUCGAGGACAUCUUCGAGAAACCCCGCUUCUUUAUUGAAGGCGCGAGUGCAAGCGAUGUUCGACAGGGAAACGACGGCGACUGCUGGCUGAUGUCGGCGCUCUGCACAAUAAGUAAUAAGGAAGGUCUGGUCCAGAGAGUCUGUGUGGCUCGGGAUGAGCAAGUCGGAGUGUACGGAUUUGUGUUCCACAGAGAUGGUGAAUGGAUCUCGGAAGUCAUUGACGAUAAACUGUACCUAAUAAAAGAGGAUUUCGACGAAGCCACGCUCGGACGAUAUCAAUGGCUGGAACUACAGAACCGGAAAAGCCCAGAGGAUGAAUAUCGUACAGCGAUGCAGACAGGCUCAAGGGCGUUGUACUUUGCCCAGUGCAGUGACCCGAACGAGACAUGGCUGCCGCUGCUCGAGAAGGCAUAUGCCAAGGCCCAUGGCGAUUAUUCCGCCAUUGACGGGGGAUUCGUUGGCGAGGGAAUCGAAGAUCUUACGGGCGGUGUCACGUCCGAGGUUUUCGCUACCGACAUCCUCGACAAGGACAAAUUUUGGCGGGAAGAAUUGCUAAAUGUCAACAAGACUUUCCUUUUUGGCUGUGGCCAGAUGGGCGGCAUCUACGGCGAACGCAAGGGGAUCCAAGAGAAGCACGCAUACUCGAUCAUGGAAGCCCGCGAAAUUGACGGUCACCGCUUACUUAAGCUUCGAAAUCCAUGGGGCAAAACCGAAUGGAACGGCCCUUGGAGCGAUGGUUCCGAGGAGUGGACCCCCGAGUGGAUGCAGAAGCUUCACCAUAAAUUUGGCGACGACGGGGUCUUCUGGAUUUCUUACAAAGACCUUCUCAGGCAUUACCAGCACUUUGACCGAACGAGAUUAUUUGGCCCCGAAUGGACAAUCUCCCAACAGUGGACGAGCGUCAAUGUCCCAUGGUCCGUCGACUACCUAGACACCAAAUUCAGGAUCAAGCUAUCCAAGCCUAGCCCAGUUGUUAUCGUGUUGAAUCAGCUUGACGAUAGAUAUUUCCAAGGCCUUGAAGGUCAAUAUGAGUUCCAGCCCCAAUUCCGACUCCAUAAAGAUGAUGAGGAAGAGUAUAUCGUUCGCAGUAACGGCACCUACUACAUGAAGCGAUCCGUUUCGACCGAGCUCGACCUUGAAGCGGGUAACUAUACCGUGCUCCUUAAGAUAAAGGCAACCAGGUUACCUAACCCAACACCGGAGGACGUCAUCCGUGCCACCUGUACCACACGCCGGGAGAAGCUUUUAUCUAGAGGGCUCUCCUAUGACCUCGCUCACGCAAAAGGCCAGUUCCGCGAACAAGCAAAAGAGAAGGAGCGCCGCGAGCAUGAAAAGAAGAAAGAGCGCAAGAAGGCUGAGAUGAAACAUGCCUACGAACAACGCCGCAAGCUCCGCAAGAAGACUAAGCUUCGAGAGAAGAAGAAAGCCGCCAAAUUGGCUGAGAAGAAACCCAGAUCUGAGUUUAGAGAAGUCGACAGAAAGCUCCAAGAUAUUAGCGGUCUAGGAAUCAAUGUCGAUGAAGAGGACGACACAAAACCCAUGCAUCCGACAAUUGCUAUGCACCAAAGGGCCGCAAGCACUGGAACAAUUCCUAUCGAUCACAUUCGUGAUCGCUCAGUUAGCCCAAGUGGAGGGUUCGGUGGGCGUGGAGGCUAUAAUAAAGGGCGUGGAGGCUAUAAUGCCGAGAAAGCCGCAGCCGAGGCUUUGCCACUAACAAACCGCAGCGUUGAAGCUCAUACAGCUACUCGCAACGAGGCUUACCAAGGCCGUGGAGGCUAUAACUUUCCAGCGUCUGGCUUGCCGAGUGCGAACGCAUUUCAAGCCGGGCGAGACGGAUACAACAUGGGAAGAGAUGGCUACAACAUGGGAAGAGAUGGCUACAAUAUGGGCAGGGAUGGCUACAAUAUCGGUAGAGACGGGUACAACAUUGGCAGAGAUGGAUACAACGAAAACGAAUCUCCAGUUCCGACCACUGGAACGGAUGAGUUCCGCCCUGGUACACCAUCUGGACGCACCUAUAGCCCUCGGCCAGACCGCCGCCCCGGACAACCAUCACCCACUCCUUCGAGACGCGCUACACUCUCCCCCAUCCCAGGUAUCAGACCUGGAAUUUCAGUUACUCGCGGCCGCGGAACAAGCACUUGCUCGCACCGAGCCCGCGAGGGGGUCUAUUCUCCUUCGGAGCUCUCCGAUGACUCAUCUUGGGACUCUGAGCUCGAUGGACCCGACUCCUCAGACUCUGAUCUCGACAGCUCAGAUGACGAGAGGUUCUACGAGCAACCGUCUCACAGCCACCGCUUCCGCCGGUAUGAAGAGGAGGAAGAUGAAUUCGAACGGGAUCCUUGGAACGCUGUCUGUGUUGUUGGCCUCCGUGUCUUCUCCAAAGACACCGAUGUCGAGAUUGAAGUGCAGAACGGAGAAGGCGAGCGCAAGAAGAAUGAAGAUAGUGAGGAGGGCUCUAUGAUAAGUAAUGUAGUUGGCAGGAAGGAGAAAGAACUGGAUGUCGAUGACAGUGCAGCUGAUGCUACGAGUCCUCUGCGCACGAGAGGAAACUUGGACUCUGCACUUGCUGAAAGGGUCAAACUUGUCGGUGAUGCACCGGCUGGCAAGGAGCGAGAUCAAUCAGGGACGCUGUCUUAAAGAAAGAGGGAUUGGAAGUGGGAUAGAACGUACGAUUUAAGAGAAGGAUAUUUCGGUCGUAUUUCCACCAUGCUUUUCUUAGAAUGUAAACUUGUUUGUUUGGGCAGCGCUCAGCUUUUGGACACUUCUCAGAUUGCUAUCCGGAAGUAGGCAAGGUGUUAUUGAGUGGAUAUGACUAUUUCGGGCUGGUUUUUCACGGCUUGGCGGCUUUUUCACUUAAAUGUUGGGUAAUCGUUCUUUGGUGGGAAUAAUGGGUGGGCGCUUCUAGUAUUUCCUACGUAAUAGAUAAUCUUUUAAUCUACAUCCCCAAGUAUCCC